AUGAUGAAGCGGCGCAAUGCGGACUGCAGCAAACUCCGACGGCCGUUAAAACGGAACCGAAUCACCGAGGGUAUAUAUAGCAGUACGUUCCUGUAUCUGAAGUUCCUGGUAGUGUGGGUGUUAGUUCUGCUGGCCGACUUUGUGCUGGAGUUCCGCUUUGAGUAUCUGUGGCCCUUUUGGCUUUUCAUUCGAAGUGUCUACGACUCCUUCAGAUAUCAGGGGCUGGCAUUCUCUGUCUUUUUUGUAUGUGUUGCGUUUACAUCAGACAUCAUAUGCCUCCUCUUCAUCCCCGUCCAAUGGCUGUUUUUUGCUGCCAGUACCUACGUAUGGGUCCAGUAUGUCUGGCACACAGAGAGAGGAGUGUGUCUACCCACUGUAUCACUGUGGAUCCUGUUUGUGUAUAUCGAAGCUGCCAUACGGUUCAAAGAUCUGAAGAACUUUCAUGUAGACCUGUGCCGGCCCUUUGCUGCUCACUGUAUUGGCUAUCCAGUGGUGACUCUAGGCUUUGGCUUCAAGAGCUACGUUAGCUACAAGAUGCGACUGAGGAAACAGAAGGAAGUGCAAAAGGAGAAUGAGUUCUACAUGCAGCUUCUACAGCAGGCUUUACCUCCAGAGCAGCAGAUGCUACAGAGACAAGAGCGGGAGGCAGAAGAGGCUGCCUUAGCUAAAGGGAUCUCGGAGGUAGAGCCCACAGUGGUGUCUCAAAACGGAGCACCUCCUGGAAAGAAAAGCACUUCAGUACCGUUACCUGAGCUGGAGUACCGGGAAAAAGGAAAGGACAGCUCUGCAAAAGAGGGCAAAAAACAGAACACAGUUGGAAUCAAUAACAACAGUAUUAUGCAUGCACUGGACUCCAAACUACAGGAGACGGAAUAUAUUGAGAACUACGUCGGGGCAAAGAGACUGAACAACGACCUGGCAGGCGAAAACACUCACGCCGAUACCAACACACACACUUCUUCUAAAGAGGAAAUUGGGGGGAUGGGUAAAAACUACAAAAAUGCCAGCGGAGGAAGCAACUUGUCUCCACGGAAUCACAGUUCCGCAAAUGGCAGCGUGCCGCCGGGUUCCUCAACCAAUAAGAAUGAGAAGAAGCAGAAGGGAGCAGGAAAGGGGCAGAAGGAUCCGGUGGAGAACUGCAUCCCCAAUAACCAGCUGGGAAAGCCAGAUGCUCUAGUGCGGCUGGAGCAGGAUGUCAAGCGUCUGAAGGCAGAUCUUCAGGCCAACAGGCAGCUGGAGUCGGAGCUGCGGGGUCAGCUUUCUUCUCUGAGCAGCCAGGACCGCAGCCUUCGCUCUGAGCUGAGCCAGCUGCGCCAGGACAACGAGCUGCUACAGAACAAGCUCCACAGUGCUGUCCAGGCCAAACAGAAGGAUAAGCAGACCAUUUCCCAGCUGGAGAAGAGACUAAAGGCUGAGCAGGAGGCUCGGGCUCUGGUUGAGAAACAGCUGGCUGAGGAAAGGAAGAGGAAGAAGAUGGAGGAGGCCACUGCUGCCAGAGCUGUAGCUCUAGCAGCUGCAACCAGAGUGGAGUCUACCGAUUCUCUCCGUGGUCGUAUCAGAGAGCUGGAGACGGAGUGUAAGAAGCUCAGCAUGGAUAUGAAACUCGCAGAAGAGCAGAUUAGGGACCUGGAGGGCAAAUGUCAGGAGCUGCGCAAGUAUAAAGAGAAUGAGAAGGACACCGAGGUGUUGAUGUCAGCGCUGUCUGCCAUGCAGGAGAAGACUCAACACCUGGAGAACAGCCUGAGCGCUGAGACCAGGAUCAAACUGGACCUCUUCUCUGCACUGGGGGAUGCCAAGAGGCAGCUGGAGAUAGCACAAGGCCAGAUCCACCAGAGGGAGCAGGAGAUCGCAGAGUUGAAGCAGAAGAUAGCAGAGGUGAUGGCAGUGAUGCCCAGCCUGACCUACUCGUCAGACGGCAGCAACCUGAGCCCUGUCACCCCUCACUACUCCUCCAAGUUCAUGGACAAUAGUCCCUCCUCCUUGGACCCCAACGCCUCAGUUUACCAGCCCCUUAAAAAGUGACUCUGACGUCCACAUGUUUGUCAGAUGGAACUUUUUCCCUCAGUCUUUGUUUUGAUCUCAGUUCUGGUUUCAGGUUUAUUUUUUGAGUUCACAAAGCCCCAGAAAGUUUUUGCACUCUAAACAUGCACACACACACACACACACACACACACACACACACACACACACACAGCCCCUCCAUACAUUUGGGUAUUCAGUCUGGGUUUUUUUUCCAGUUGAUUUUUUUUUCUU